UAAAUAACUAUCAGAGUUUACGUAUUAUGUCUAUGAGAAAAAAGUGCUCCGGACUUUCAUCAUAAUUUUGUUGAAUAAAUGAAGCACUGCAAUACAUUUUCAGUGAAAUCAAAAAACAUUUCUAAGUUAUUUUGGAGAAGUGAUUGUAAGAAAACUCUGGAUUUGAAUAGCAGAAAGCCGUUCAUCGUGCGGCGGCGGAUCAGAGGAGCGCACCUCGUGGCGCGUCACCCUGGACCACGACCUGGUGGAGACCCUGAGCGCCAUCUACCCUGAGUGGUUCAAGCAGCCGCGGCGGGAGCGGCCUACCUCGCCCUCGCCUUCGCCCUCGCCGCCUGCCUCGCCCGCCUCGCCCGCUUCGCACGACGACCUGUUCAGUUCGGGAGCGGAAGACAUGGCAAGCCGUCAAGCGGGCUGCAGCAGCGGCGCCAGCGAGCCCACCAGCUCGCCGCCGCGGAUCUCCCCCCCUAAAGUGGUCGUCGAUGAUAGUCCUCUACAGCCCGCCAUGGGCAAACAUAAGGAAUCAUUGAAGGUGAAACUUAUGAUGAGGCGGCCCAGAAACCAGCUGGUGGCGCAAGGAAUUAUGCCACCUUUGAAAACACCGCCUGCGUACUUUAAGCAGCGCAUGCAAUUAGAGAGAGCCAAAACCGGUGAUUUACUGAAAGCGAAAAUCCAAAGUAGACCGGACCGACAAGAACUAGAACGUAGACACAUAUUAGAACAUGAGAGCCAUCUUGAUCCAAGCUUAGUUGAGAAACAGCGAAUGCUGAAGAAGGCACGAUUAGCAGACCAAUUGAACGAUCAACUGUCGCAUCGACCUGGUCCUUUAGAGCUGAUCAAGAAAAAUAUAUUACAUACAGAGGAGGAUAUAGAAACUGCCGUUAAAAGUGGUAUCCUUGCGUUUAAAGCAACUAGUGAGGGUGCUUCGGGGCGACCUCAUCAUCCGUCUUCCUAUUGCGGGCCUCCGGAUGAGGUUUCUCCGUCGCCAUCACCUCCUUCAACCCUAUCACCGGCCAGCGUAACUUCGCCGCCGCAACAUCCGGCGCCUGGCAAAGAGAAGAACCGCAAAAAGUCAAAACAGAAGCAGCAAUCGAAAUCUCGGUUUAAAUUUCAUGAAUACAAGGGACCUCCGAAUGCGCAAAAGUCGUGUUCUCCUCCAGGAUCGGUCGAGACACCUUACGAAUUGUUGCUGCAACAACAACAGAUGUUGUUGCAGCUGAUGUUGCCAGGUUCCCCGGCCCCUUCUUCAGCAGCGUCGGUUGCUUCGGACUCUUCGGAUAUUUUACCAGUACCUCCGCCGCCACCGCCGCUACCCUCGUCUUCGAUGUCGGGAUCACUGGUUUGUGGCGGCCGGUUUGAAGAUAUGAAAGUAUCAGACUUACGUGCGGAAUGCAAGCGACGCAAUUUACGCGUCUCUGGUCCUAAGCCGCAACUUAUAGACCGCUUAAGACCUUACCUCUUCGAAAUGGAAAUGCAAGUCGAGUCCCCAAAGUCUCCAGUGUCAAUUGCAUCUCCGGAAUCUAGAAUGGAACCAGAGCCAUCGGAGGAUAUAGUUCAGUCACAAAGGCGAUUGAUUGAGGAAUUGGAGCGUCAACUCGAAGAAUCGAGGCAUCAACUAGAGACCGUUAGACGGGAAGCGGCCGGGGCAGCCGCUAGUGAUCAAAGCCGACGGCUGUUGCAGGCACAUCUCUGUGUCACCCAGCUGCGUGCCAAAUUGGACGCCUUGCAACAGCCUGCUCCGCCUCCUCCUCAGCCGAGAUACGUAAUAGCCACCCCUGAUACGGCUCCAGAUCGCUUAGUGCGCCUAUUCACAGUAACCCCACCAACAAAUGACCUGACAUCCGAUUCAUCACAGCAAAAAACAUCGAAUCCUGCCUAUAUUUUAAAUGGUGUUAAAGUGGUUCCAAUAGCAAUACUCCCAACGACUCAUUAUGAACCGGAAAGAGUAGCUGCUCCCCCUCCGCCACCACCUCCCCCUCCUCCUCCGAUGCCGCAGAUAACAAACCUACACGACAGUGCUGAAGACAGCCAAAUAAUGGAUGACGUUCUUGAAAUACUCGUCGAAAAUGGGGAGUUACCGCCAUCAGCCGUGGGCGAUGUCUCUUCGAACAGAUCCAUCGAUACGGGUUAUCUAACCGGCGGUUCCAGUGAUUACACUCCAACUGACCUUUUAACUGAGGAUGUUCUUGGAGAUUCGCAUGUUCGGGAUUCGUUAGCUGCGGAUGAAUUACAAAGAGAACUUGAUGAGAUCCAAAACGAAAUAAUGGGUCACGCUGAUUUGAAUACAGUCAAUGACAUGUCAAACCAAGAUGGCAAUCAUGAUAUAGACACUGACUUGAAUGUGGAUUUGUUGGCAACAAAUGAAUACAACACAAAUUUUUGUAAUUCAAAUUCCACUACUGAAAAUGAUGAUUUCUUUGGAAGACUUCUUGCGGGCGAUGGAGAUGAAACAAAUCACGGAGCGAUGGAUAUAGACGAUGUGCCGGAAAGAAUGAACAUGACACCCCAUGACAUAACGAAUGGCGAUAUACUAGACCACACAAGAACAGGUUUUGAAGACAUGGACGAUCUGUCACUGCCCUCAUUUCAAAAUGAAGAUACGCGCCAUAAUACAUUCGAUGAGCGGCCGUGUGAUUUUGAUUUUAAAGAGUUCGGUAUUGAAAUAGACAGCAAUAUGAACGUGGACAGUGACGCGUACGAUUAUAUGAAUACAGAGCUGAUUCCAAAUUUAUUUGGACGAGGUCAUAUGCCGCAGUGUGAUCCGUUACUGGGGGGUGUUCUAUCUAGACCAGCACCUAAACCUGCCCAUAAGCAUUACUCAUGGGAUAAGAUAGAAUUUGAUGCCACUUGACCCAUGGCAUUUUCACCACAACAGUGUCGCUCUCUACGAUGCUAAUCCAUGAUCUCUGAGUACCGCAAUGUCAAUUGAGUGGGGUUUGACAUAUCGGGCGCUACCGAUGAGGACUCCUACGGCUAGACUAGAUUUAUCAUAGAUAUAAAAUAUUGCUACCGGGUAGCUUUAUGUGUAACUUACGCUAGUCUCAUGCUUCAGUGACCCAACCUUCUUCCAAUAUGGUGAAUAUUAUUAGGACUAGGCAAUAAAGUAAACACAUAGUGUUUUGAACGUGGACUGGUUGAUUUAAAUAUUUUGUACUUAAUUGAGUGUAUCGCUAGUUUUAACUUAGAUGUUACGGUGUGUUUAUUUAUUAGUGAGUGUUAACUGUUCGUCACAUAGAUAUAUGCAGUGACAUACUUGGCUCACAUUUACUAUAAAUCCAUUUUAUUUACUGAGGCAUAUCUACUUAUGUAUAUAAUGUAUGUUUGUUAAUAUAAUACUCAACAUAGUUGUGGAUUUCUGCAUUCCGCCCGAUGACUAAAUCUUAGGGGAAAUUAUGGGGAUUAUUAGCUUUGUUGAGACGAAUACAUAAAAAUGUUCUUGUCUCAAACAAAUCAGCACAUAUUCACAGCCUCGCUGAGCUGUUCGUCUCAAACCAGAGAUAUGUUACCCGAUCAAUAAACGACAUUCCAGUCUUGUUGAAUUGCAAAAGUGGCAAAAGCGUACUUGUUACUAUUGACCAAUUGAUUCCCAAUUACAACAGACAUUUCUAGUUAACAAGUUGCAUUCACAAGCCAUCGUCAUCGGUGGGACCAGGUUGGGAACAAUUUUAGAUAUGAUUUCAUUUAGUAAUGUAGUGUUCCUUUCUCCGCAUAACAAUUGUAUGCAAACACUCUGCACUCAGUUGUUGAAUCUUAUCACAUAACAUAACUUCCAAUCGUGUUUAAGUCUUUCCCUUGUAUCUUGGUGUUGUGGUGCUUUGAUAAAAUGUUAGUCAUUUGUUUUAUAUGUUUAUUUAUUGAGGUUAUUAUGUAUUAUGAUAAUUUUAACAUAACAUUCUUGAAAAUGUAUCAUUCCACUGUUAUUGUCUAAAGCUUAGGAUAGUAGUCAUUCGAGCGGAGAGUGUUUGUUUACCUUUGUUAUGUUAAAAGUACAUAUUUAUUUAUUUCCCUUCAUGUCAUUUUUCCUGUGAGCACUCUAGUAAAUUAUAAAAUUGGAUACAAAUUGCCAUUAUUUGCAUUUAUAUUAGUCUAUGAUAAUAUUGUAAUGAGCCGGACUACAACGAAUGUGGCCGUACAGCCACAAAUGUGCCAAUUAUUAUCAACAACUGUCAGAAUACAAAGAACUUGAGAUAUUUCCAGCUUUGUGUAUAGAUUAAUGUUUUUUUGUGUAAUAGCGUAAGGUCUGUCAGAUGAUUGUUAAAAAAAGUUGUAUAGAGACCGGGCACGAUAAUAUUAUAGUAACAAUUAAUUAAAUCAUGUGAGAAUGGUGCUAUUCAUUAUAUUUAGAUAAAUAUUCUAGGCUUUAAUAAUCACUUAUCAAAAUUAAUUUAUGUCUGUAGUAAACAUCAUAUGCAAUCAAGCGAUGUUCGGAUUAGUUUAUUAUUGUAAAAGAAUUUAUAUAGUGAAUUUUUUAUGUAACCGUAGGAAUAUUUUUAUUCUGUGGUUUUUAAAAGAUAUUAUUCCAUUAUAUAAGAUGCUGUAGUUGCAAUAUUAUUUAUGUAUAGCUUAAAUAUAUUAUUAGACGGAAAUUAAAAUUGCUCAUCAAAAAUUACUCGCUUGAAAAUCUUUUUCAAAUGUAAUCUACUACAGGCCUAGUAUGUUUGUAAGUUUGUAUACCACUUGAGAGCGUGUUUUAGGUACGUUUCGCGUAUGUGAGCGUAAAUAGAGAAGUGAGAUUAAUGUAUCGAUAGUAUCUGCAUAUAUGUUAUUGUUAUUUAAGGAGAGUUUUAACAUUUGUUUUUCUAUGUAUAAAGCGAUACAGUGCUGGAUUUUUUGUUUCUAUAUUCAUAUAUAGAUAACUGGCUUCGUUAUAUGUUGCGUGAUUUAACCUUAAUGUUUAAAUAUAACAUCAUUAACAUGUAACGAUAUUAUAUUAAUAUUCAGUUGAACAAUAAGUAUAUUAAUGUUAGUUGUAGGGGAUAUAAACCCAUAUGGCAGAGCCAAGUAUUCAAAAUCGUUAUGUGAUAUUUCAUUGUAUAAAAAACAUCGGAUGCCUAGUUUUUUACCUUGCCGUAUAAUGAAGCCUUGUACAUAAUUACCAAACCUUUUAUAAGCUUAAGAAAAGAUUGUUGAUUAAAAUA